CCCCCCGGGGCUGCGAGCCCCCCGCGACCCCCGCUCAGUGCCCAGGAGCUCUCUCAGGAGGUGAAGGCAUUCCUGACCGGUCUGGACCCCGUCCAGGGUGUCCCCCUGUCCCCUGCUGCCCACGCCCGCUGCGCCCUGCGCCUGCUGCGCUCUCUGCCCCCCGCCCGGCACGCCGCCCUGCAGCACCUCCGCUCCCUGUUUGACGACCAGGUCUGCGCCCACCUCCUGCAGCGCGAGGCUGCCACCGCGUCCCCAAUGUCCCCMAUGUCCCCAAAAGCCACCGCGGGCGCCGAGGUGCUGCAGGAAGCGCGCCGAGCCCUGGCCGAGCUGGUGGCCACCAACCCCCGCGCGUGGGCUCCCGGAGUGGCCGCUUGGGCUAGCGAAUUGAUGGGCCAGCUGAGCAGCAAAUACUCCGGGAGAGGUGAAAGCGUUCCUCACGGCAGCGCCAGCCUGAACGAGCUGCUGCAGCUCUGGAUGGCGUGUCCGGCCACCAGGGCUCUGCUGGACAUUUACAGCCAAUGUUUGGCAGCCAUGGCCGGCAGCUGCCCGGACGUUUGCGUGGACGCUCUGCUGGACACGUCGGUGCAGCACUCGCCACAUUUCGAUUGGGUGGUGGCCCACGUGGGCUCGUCGUUCCCGGGGACAAUCAUCAGCAGAGUGCUGUCGUGCGGCCUCAAGGAUUUCUGUGCCCACGGGGGUUUGGGGGAGGGGACAGCAGGUGACAAACGCGUCCCCAAAAUCGCUUCGGUGGUGGGGAUUUUGGGCCAUUUGGCGUCGCGCCACGCCGGCAGCAUCAAACAGGAGCUGCUGAGGAUGUUCCACGAGAGUUUGGGCUCACAGAGGGAGCAGCACAAAGCCACCGUGCCCUUUUUGCUGCAGUURGCGCUGAUGUCACCGGCGCUGCUGGCCGCGGUGUCACCGGAGCUGGUGGACGCCCUGCGGCCGCCGGUGCUGAACCAGCUGCACCAGCGCUUCUCGGCGGCGCCGCGCGACGAGCUGGACGCCACCGUGGGCGUGGUGGUGCAUCUGCUGUGCCACACCUCGGCCGGAGCGCUGCGGACGCUGCGGUUCCUGCUGGCCACCGCCGCGCCGCCCGGGGCUACCACGGCUGCUAAUGGGGCUACCGGAGUGACCAGUGGAGUGACCACCACGGGGGCUACUGGAGUGACCACUGGAGUGACCACCGGAAUGAUUCCUGGGGGCGGUACCGGAAUGACCAGCGCAGGGGCUACCGGAGUGAGCAGUGGAGUGACUACCAGGGGGGCUACUGGAAUGAUCAGCGGAGUGACCACCGGAAUGACCAGUGCAGGGGCUACUGGAGUGACCACCGGAAUGACCACCGGAAUGACCAGCGGAGUGAGCACUGGAAUGAGCAGCGGAAUGACCACUGGAAUGACCAGCGGGGUGACUACCAGGGGGGCUACUGGAGUGACGAGUGGAGUGGCCACUGGAAUGACCACUGGAGUGAGCACCAGAAUGACCAGUGGAAUGGCCAGUGGAAUGACCACUGGAACAACCACCGGAAUGGCUACCGGAAUGGCUACCGGAGUGGCCAGCGGGGUGACCACCGGAGUGACCACCAUGGGGGCUACUGGAAUGACUAGCGGAAUGACCAGCGGAACGAGCAGCGGAGUGACCAGUGGAACAACCACCGGAAUGACCACUGGAAUGACCACUGGACUGAGUACUGGAAUGACCAGUGGAACAACCACCGGAAUGACCACCGGAAUGACCACCGGAGUGACCACCGUGGCCACCACGGAGCCGCCGCUGCACCAGGGCGUGCGCGAAGCCUGCGAGCGCCUCCUGCAGCUCCUGCUGCUGCACCUGCACAAAUUGGUGCACGGCCGGGUGUCCCCCUCGCUGUCCGAGUGUCCGGCGCGGCCGGUGCCGUUCCUGGAGGCGCUGCGGCCGCACCUGCCCGAGCUGUGCCUGGAGGCUCUGCGCUGGCGCCGGGGGCCGUGCCCGUGGCGGCCGCAGCUCCUGGCGUUGCUGGCGAUUCACUCCGCCCCUCACGGCGCGGCCGAGGCGCUGUUUUUGGCCGUGGCGUUGGCUCGGAGCCCCGAGGAGCUGGCGUUGGCUCCGGAGCUGCGGGCGGGGCUGCGGGCGGUGCUGCCGGACCCUCUGCCCGGCGCGGUCAGCGCGGCCGUGGCUCAAAUCCACGCCGGGAGGAUGGACGAGGGGCAGCUGGAGCAGCUGCUGCGGAACCUGGCGCUGCUGCUGCCGCAGGACGGUGACAAUGACGGUGACAACGACCCCGUGCUGAGCGCCGCGCUGGCCCAACACCUCCCCCAGCUGGCCCGGCUGCUGCUGCACCCGCGGGUUGAGGUGGCCGAGGCGGCGUGUCGCCUGCUGGCCGAGUGUCCCCUGCCCCGGGCGCUGCCCCCCGCUCACCUCCUGCCCGCCGUCCGCGCCGCCGUGCGCCGAUUCUUCGCGGGGCUGCGCCGGGGCGACGCGGGCGCGGUGGCCCCCGGGGCGCGGCUGCUGGUCCGCCUCAGCUCSGGCUCGGCCGCCGCCGCCAAAGCCGUGCUGGCCCAGCUGGUGGAGGGGGCUCUGCGCGGCCCCAACGCCGAAUUGUUUGGGGGGUGUUCGGAGGAGCCGCGCGGCCACCACGAGGAUUCGGCCGCGAGCGGCGYGGCCACCUCGCUGCUGGACACCAAUCGCCGCUUCACCGCCGGCCCCAACGCCUCGGGAGGGGUGUGGUCAGUGUUCCACGCCGGGGUCAUCGGCCGCGGGCCCAAAGUGACCAGUGGGCAACCAAACCGAGCGCCGGACGAGCCCAACCGCAACAUCCAAGCGCUGCUGAGUCUCCUCUUGCGCUGCUGCCGCGCCGCCCGUCCCUCCCGUCCCUCCCGUCCCUCCUGUCCCUCCCCGGGGCCUCCCGUGGGCGCCGAGGCCGCCAAAGCCGUGGCGGCGGCGUUGGUGGAAGCCGUUUGCCCCGAGGCUGCGGGAGCCGAGCUGGCGUGGCCACCGGAGGAGCUGGCCCGGGCCACCGUGGAGCGAGACCUGCGGAUCCUGCGGCGAUUCCAGCGGCAGCCGCUGCUGUUCCCUCUGCUGCGUUUGGUGGCCGCGGGGCCACCGGCGCUGUGCUACUGCUCCGUGCUGCUGCGGGGGCUGCUGGCCGCGCUGGUGGCCCACUGGGACGGGCAACGAGCCCAAAGCACCUUGGAGUCACCGUGGCAUCUCCGAGCGUCGUGCGCUCUGGUGGCUCUGCUGGCCGAGGGCUCGCUGCUCCCCCCGGUUYUGGGGAACAUGCACGAGGUGUUCCCGGAGCUGGCGCCGUUCGAGGUGCAUCUGCUGCUGCUGAGCGUGUGGGAAUAUCUGAGRGAAAACAGCCCCUUCCCGCAGCGCUUCACCUUCCAGCCUGAGMUCGGRGCGUUCCGAAGGGAUUUCAGCAGGGAUGGGGAUGUGGGGAAGCAGCUGGCGGUGCUGCACAGCGUUCUGCACAGGAAUAUUCACCGCCUCGGGCUGCUGGCCGGGAGAUUC